ACCAGAAGGUGGACAAAGAUUUAUCUUCUGCCUUUUCUGCUUCCUACCAUUUUCUGUCUACCAUCGCAACACAAACACCCUUCUCUCUUAAUAUGACCCAGUUGAGUUGGACCCGAAUUUUAUCAUCAACGAAACCAAAACAAAGAAAGAUGGAAAGACGGACAGAUAGAUAUGUCCUCAGUUCUCCUCCUCCUCCUCCAAACAUAUACCUUUAUCUUUCCUCAUUCUCUCCCUUCUUCAUGGGCUUUUUCGGCUCAACCAAGUUUUCCAGAAGGAAAUUUCCAGAUACACAGAACCUUCUCUCUCUCUCUCUCUCUCCUUUUAAUUCACUACCCUUUUUAUUGCCUUUUGCCUCCUUCUCUGUUUGCCCUUUUCGUUUUCUUUCUCUAAUAUUCAUUUCUUGUUUUGAAUUGGGUAUCGGUAUUCUUUCGAUGAUUUUCAGAGUUGUCCAGCGAAUUGGGAUUUCUAGAAUUCCGUUGUGAAGGCUUUUUUCUUUUUCUUUUCUAAAUUCUCAUCAAUUUCCUUUUUUGUUGUUAUUCCUUCACCUUCUCGACUCCGAUUCCUUUUUGGACUUGGAUUUGUCUUCCCCCCGCCCGUUAUAUGAUGGAUUGAAAAGUUUGCCUAUCUUUUAAAUAUAUUUGACCCGGCAUUGUGUCAUUAUCAUACGAUUUCCAAAUUCCAUUAUUGGGUAUUCGAUUUUCGGAGCAAGAUGAAAAGGGUCUCCGAAAAUUCUUAUCAGUCGCAAUUUGCCGACGAGGAAAUUAGGGCUAGGAUGAAACAGCAAAAUUUACUACAGGAGUACCUGGAAUUGCAGAAGGAAUUCAUUUCCAAGAAGAAGAAACUGCAGAGAAUGCAACAGAAGAAACAUAUUCUAUUGGCUGAAGUCCAGUUUUUGAGAAGAAGAUAUAAAUAUUUAAUGAGAACUAAGUCCCAGAGAAAGCUUGAAGCAGAGCAAGAUCACAUUGAGCUGCAAAAUUCUUAUGUGUCGAGCAGAUGUGCACCAGUUAGGAGUAAUGUUGUUAGUGAGGUUUUGAAGAAAUCCCAUCCGGAUAUAAACCCACCUUUGCAGGGAGGAAAAGAAGAGGACUCCGGAAGAAGAGGUAAGGUCAUUAGGGAGCCAGCAAAAAGGAGAAAGCAAACUAAUGGCUUGCUCAAUGGUAAAAAGGUAGCAACUAAGAAGAUUUCAUGGCAAGAUCAGAUGGCUAUGGAAAUCUAAAAUUUCACAGUUAUGGUUUGCAAGGAGGGGUGAUUUUUUCAGGGGUUGGUACAGAUUUUUAUACAAGAAUGAUGGUGGAUUUUUUUUUUUCAAAAGAAAUUUGUUGUGUAAACCGGGGAAAGGAAUUUUUUAUGGUUCAAUAUAUAUGAAAGUAGAAUAGAAUUUUUAAGCAA